AUGUUUAGUUAAAAUCCUAAACAAAUAAAUUUAAGGAAUACACAUAAAAAAAAGAAUUUGGAAUUUCGAGAGUACUAUUUAAAAUCAAAUAAUUAAUAUUGCUGUCAUAAAUUUUUUAAAAUUUAUUUUUUAAAAACAGAUAAAAAUAAAUUAUUUUUAAUUAGUUGUAAAAUGAGAAAAUAGAUAGAAAUGAAUUAAAUAUAGCUGAUUAAAUAAUAAAAAAUAUAUAAUUAUUAUAACAUGCUAAGAUCGCAAACUAUGGAUUAUUAUACAGAGAAAAAAAGAUUAAGAAAUGAUGAAUUAAAUAUAAAUUUAUAGAAUAUAGUAAAUAUAUAAGAAAUAAAACCUCUUAUACUAUAUAUAUAGAGAAAAACUAUUAUACUUAUUGAUUAUAUUUACAUUUUUUUAGUAUUAUAUAAAUAUUUAUUAAUAAUUAUAAACUUUAUUUAGUUAAUAUAAUAACAUUAAUUAAAAUGGUUAUAAUUAUUGAAAAAAUUAAAUAAAAUCUAACUCAAAAAAAUAAAAAAUAUUUCAAACUUUUAAAAAUAAAAUAAUGUAAUGUAAUUAAUCAAUUUAAAAUUUUUUCUCAUUAAUGUUACCUACCAAAUAAUUUUCAAGAGAAACACUUAUUAUUUUUCAAAAAGAGUGCUAAUUUUUACUAGUUGUUAAUUAUAGAAGGUCAACAGUAUAUUUGAAAUAUUUUAAUUAAAUAUAAAAAUUUAAAUUAAAAAGAAGAUAAAUAAAAACAGAGAUUAGUGA